CGGGCAGUGGUAGAGCAGGACCAUACAGGUAUGCAUGCAGAGCAUGAGAAGACAUAGCUGUUGCAAUCUUGAAAGCACCUACUGAACAGGUCUGGAUCAGAAUGGAAACCCUUAAUGGCAACAAAUCAACUAAUGACAGCUGUGUUUUAAACGAGAGCUUCAAGUACACUCUCCUCCCUGUGAGCUACAGUCUUGUGUUUUUGUUUGGCCUGGUGCUGAACAUCACUGCCAUGUAUUUCAUCAUAUUCCAAACCAAACACUGGAAGCCCAACACCAUCUACAUGAUCAACCUCAACGUUUGUGACACCCUUUACCUCCUUACCCUUCCGUUCCUCAUCCACUACUACGCUGAUGAGAACGACUGGCCGUUCGGUGAGCUGAUGUGCAAGCUGAUUCGCUUUCUCUUCUACACAAACCUUUACGGAAGCAUCCUCUUCCUCAGUUGCAUCAGUCUGCACCGAUUCUUGGGCAUCUGCCACCCGGUGCGCUCUUUGAACUGGCUGAAUGCCCGUGGUGCUCGUUUGAUCUCGGUGGGAAUAUGGGUGACAAUGCUCUUCUUCCAGGCACCAAUACUCUACUUCUCCAGAACAAAAGAUAACAAUGAUGUACAGGUGUGCCAUGACACCACCGUCCCAGAGCUCUACAGCUAUUACAUUGUCUACAGCUUGGUAGUCAUGUUCUUGCUCUUCGUCCUACCAUUUGGGGUGGUGCUGGUCUGCAAUAUCUUGAUGGUGCAGAAGCUUCGGGAACUCAGCAUUGUUGGAAGUUCCAUGUCAAAGCGCUCCAAGCAGAAGUCGGUGAAGAUGAUCAUAAUUGUGCUUAUUACUUUCAUGAUAUGCUUUCUGCCCUACCACCUGAACCGCAGUAUCUACUAUGUCUUCCGAUUCCUGGACGAGCAGAACUGCUUGAUACAGUACUCUAAUGUGGCCUACAAUCUCACACGUCCUCUGGCCAGCUUCAACAGCUGCAUCGAUCCAAUACUCUACUUCAUGGCAGGACAGAGCUUCAGAAGAAGAAGACGACGUUCAAAUAAAGUCAAAAGUGUGUCCACCUCUGGGAGUUAUGGGAACGGCAUGAAGACAGAAAGUCAUACAUAUCUGGGAUGGCAUAAGGAUCUGCACUUCAAUGGAAAAGCUUAUAGACACUGGAUCAACCAGUGAUGUGUUCCUCUGUCCUUUAAAGGAAGACUUCAAAUACAUUCGAGCCAAAGGUGUGAAAAUGCCAAAUCUCUCUCAGUUUACUAUGUUCUGUCUGAGCAAAGGCAGCAAUGAAAGAACAAAGAAAAACACAGAAAAAUGAUUAGUUCUUGAUAACAGCGGUUCUCAACCAGAGGGCUUUAGCAAACUUGUGUGAAAUUAUGAGCAACAUUUGGAUACUUAAAUGGAAGGCAAGCUUUCCAGUCUGUUCGUCACACAACGGUAUCAGGUUGCAUGAGAAGAUUUGAUAUAGUGCAUGAAUUGUACUUCUGUGGUACUUUCUUGUUCUUUUUGGAGCAUGUAUCAUCUACUUUCAUUGUAUACAAAAAAAAAAACUAACUUUAAAAUAUUAAAAGUGAGCAAAUAAACAUGAAUUAAACAUUAAA